AUGACCAGCAAGGUCAAAUGGGCACGUAAACCUGUUAUGAACCAAUGGGCUGCAACGGUAGCCGGGCGGGCUGCACCAGCCAGAUCGGACGAGACUCUCCCUGCUCGAGAAAAUUACCAGCAGUAUAUGUUCAAUCCGGAAAAGUAUGCUGCGGCUACCGUUGCUCGGCUCCGUUCACUGUGUGAAGCGCAGGACACGCGCUCCACGGGUACCCGGCUUCGGGAUGGUACGCAUGAAGAGUGGAAAAUUAUUCAGGGACUGGCGAAGGGUCACAUUGUGAGCCGCUCAUGA